AUACUGAAGAGUCUUCCGUCAGAGUCGAAAAGUUGCUGCUGCAUGCUGCAUGCUGCUGACGAUAUUGACACAUUUGAGAAGCUCACCCAGAGAUCCCGGUUCCCCAUUGACACCGCCUUACACAAGUGAUAUAAUAUUUGAAACCACGACACGGCAUUCACAAUCGCCGCAGAGGCACUGUCAACGGUGGCUUAUCCGAGAAAGGCAGCUGACAGCCUGGGGCAGACGUCGUACCGGGGAGUCUGGAACCGUGGAACGGAAGCUGGGGUGCAGCACCGUGCUGAGCAAGGCCAUCCAAACGAAAUUCAAAUUUCAUAUGCCUAUGCUCGAGCAGUGCGACAUGGCGCUUGCUCUCGUUUACCAGCCGCGACGCACCCGCACGACUGAUCCCUGGCGUCGUCCUUCUCGAAGACUACUCCACAAUGAUGCGAGGAUUAAGAGUGCACGUACUGUCCAAGAUUUCAUGCGGCGUAAUCGGAUUGCAAGGAAAACCCUAUUCAGCUCAGACUCUUUCGCGAUCAACUUGCUGGUCGAGCAAACGUCGAGAUACGUGUCUCGUCUAAUCUGAGACGGGAAGUGGGGACGGAAGGGCCGCCCUGGAGCCGUGAUGGCGAACUUAGAAAUUUGUUGGUUCCAUCUGCUGGUCAAAGACGUAUUUGCAACGCACCGCCACAUUCUGAGGAAGACAUGCCCACAUUGAAACACUACGGAGAAUAUUAGCCGUGCAGUCCUAGGCAAUGGGAAUCACCG